GGGUGGGAGGAGGAGGAAGGAGGGAGGGUGAGACGCGGACGGCACGCAGAGAGGCGCCGGGUCAACGCGCCAGGUAACAACGCCUCAGGACAUCCGCUGACGUCCUCGUCGACGUCCUUGUCGUUGUCCUCGUCGUCAUCGUGAACGGCAACGCGCCGUGCUUCUCCUCGAACGUGGACAUCCCGUCUUGUUCCACGGAUAAUAUGAUGUCCUUCCACGCCGCCUCCUGGACCUUCGCCCUCCUCGCGGCCACGGUCGCGUUGCUGCCCGCCACGCAUCGUGCUCCGUUCGCGCAAGCCGCAACCGGCGGUGGCAGUAUGCUGAAUGACGUCAACAUCUCCGCGAUAUUGGACUCGUUCUCCGUCAGUUACGAUAAAAGAGUAAGGCCGAACUACGGAGGUCCUCCUGUCGAGGUGGGCGUCACCAUGUACGUCUUGAGUAUCAGCUCGCUAUCCGAAGUGAAAAUGGACUUCACGCUGGAUUUUUACUUCCGGCAAUUCUGGACGGACCCGCGGCUGGCGUUCAAGAAACGAGCGGGCGUCGAGACGCUCAGCGUCGGCUCGGAGUUCAUCAAGAACAUUUGGGUACCCGACACGUUCUUCGUCAACGAGAAGCAGUCGUACUUUCACAUCGCUACCACCAGCAACGAGUUCAUUCGUAUUCAUCAUUCAGGAAGCAUUACACGUAGUAUACGUUUAACGAUCACGGCAUCGUGUCCAAUGAAUCUGCAAUACUUUCCGAUGGACCGGCAACUCUGCCAUAUCGAGAUCGAGAGCUUUGGAUACACAAUGCGCGAUAUUCGGUACAAAUGGAACGCCGGCCUACAGUCGGUCGGCAUCUCGAACGAGGUGGAACUACCGCAGUUUCGCGUGCUCGGUCACAGGCAACGACAUUCAACCAUACACCUAUCUACAGUCGGAUACACGAUGAGGGACAUCCGGUACAAGUGGAACGAGGGCCCGAACAGCGUCGGUGUCAGCAACGAGGUCUCCCUGCCUCAGUUCAAGGUCCUUGGUCAUCGUCAACGAGCCAUGGAGAUUAGUCUAACUACCGGAAAUUAUUCGCGGCUGGCCUGCGAGAUCCAGUUCGUACGGUCGAUGGGCUACUACCUGAUUCAAAUCUACAUUCCUUCGGGCUUGAUCGUCAUUAUCUCGUGGGUGAGCUUUUGGCUGAACCGUAACGCGACCCCCGCUCGGGUGGCCCUCGGAGUAACCACUGUGCUCACCAUGACCACCCUUAUGUCAUCGACGAACGCGGCGUUACCGAAAAUCUCCUAUGUCAAGUCUAUCGACGUUUACCUAGGAACGUGUUUCGUCAUGGUGUUUGCCUCGUUGCUCGAAUACGCGACGGUGGGUUAUAUGGCAAAGAGGAUUCAAAUGAGAAAGAAUCGGUUCCAAAAAAUCGCAGAAAGUAUGAAGACAGCGAGGGAGAAUCCAGGACCACCUGGAGUACCUGGUGAUCACGGAGAUCACGCGCCUAAGCAAACUUGGUCCCGUGUUGUCCAGGAGGUGCGGUUCAAGGUGCACGACCCGAAGGCACACAGCAAAGGUGGAACGCUCGAAAAUACCAUAAACGGACGAGCCGAUGAAGAGGUAGCGCCGGCGCCGCAACAUCUUAUUCAUCCUGGCAAGGAUAUCAGCAAGCUCUACGGUAUGACGCCAUCGGAUAUCGAUAAAUAUUCCCGCAUCGUGUUUCCUGUAUGUUUCGUCUGUUUCAACCUGAUGUACUGGAUCAUCUACCUGCACAUCAGCGACGUCGUGGCGGACGAUCUGGUGCUUCUCGAGGAGGCGAAAUAAACGAAGAGAAGGCGACGAUCGCGCGUGUACGAUGGACGAAACGUGCGGUCAAAGACAGAUACGAAAGUAUUGGGAACAGGGGGUAAAGUCGAUUCGCAGCAGGAACUACGAAAUAGGUCUAAAAUUAUUGAAAAAAAAUCAAUGUCCCGCCAGGACUAAAAGUCCUAAGAGUGCGACGGACUAAAAAUAACGUUGUGAUUACUUCGAUACGAAGGGAGAUGGAUAAACUGUACAAGCUAGAUCGACAUUGGCAUCCUGGAUCGACGAAUAGAACUAGAAAAAGAAGAGCGAAGAAGUUCGAAGCGAGAACGACUAAGGAAACGUAUAGAGAUCGGGGUUAGCGAUUGUUAAUGGCUAACUUGACCGCGAACACUGUUUCGAUGUGAAAUGGAAAGUGUCGAGACCAAAGACGUCGACGAAGAGGUAACAAACGAGCCGGGCGCCUCUGUGCUUCGAUCGAGUAAGAGAUAGAGACAGCCGCUGGUCAGACCGGUCGGACGACUAAAACGCGUUGUGACUACUUCGUGACAUUCCAAUCGUAGCGCACUGAUCGUAAAUCUCCCUGCGCCUGCGACGUGAUUUUCGAUUUUACGCGACCCAUCGCUGAUUCUCGUUCCCAUGUUUAAUCGCGACGACGACGCGAGCGUAUAUUAUCCACGAUACGCGAAAAAUUGAAAGUGGAAAACUUGCGAUCGCUGGCAGAGAACGAAAACUAAGAAGAAAAAAAAUGCGAACGAAAUAGAAAAACAGAGAACAGUAAAGAAAACAAAUUCAAAAACUAAAACUGCGAAUCCACGAGCGUGCAUACUUUAAACAUUGCCAGUCUAGAUACCUAGGUCUUUAAAAAAGAAGAAGAGAAUACCUUCGAUAUAAACACUUGUCAAUUUAGCCACCAUUAUAUACAUACAUAUAUACAUACAUAUAAAUAAAUAAAUAUAUAUAUAUAUAGUAAAAAAAAUUAACUAAACGUAAGGAAGAACACAAAAUAAAAGCCCGUCAGUUCGAGACCGACGAAUCGAGACGAGGCCGAUGGAAAACGAGAAAUUCUAAGAACGAGUCGAUCGAGAAUUCAACGAUCGUCGCUCGAAUGGCGCUCGAGUGUACAUGUGAUUGAGCGGAACGACGAAGAAUCGCGUGAAUCUGCGUGUGCGAGACCGCGUGACUGUGUGUGUGCGCGCGCGCCACUGUCCUACGUGUACAAGUGCGUGCCUUCGUGUGUGUCUGCGUGCGUGCCUAUACAUGUGUGUAUAUGUACGUGCGUAUGUGCGAGCGUGCGUGCAUACGUACGUGCGUGCGUACGUGCGUGCGUACAUGCGUACCUGCGUGCGUACGUGUGUGUUACUCUACGAGCGCCAGCGCACGUGCACGAAAGAAUAAAAAGAGUCGAGGAGAAAAGGUUUUUGUUUCGAACGAAGACAAAAAACGGUUCACUACCGGAGACUGGUGCGACUUAAUCCGUUAAGUAAGUACGUUUUAAGUAUCUACGUAUGUAAGGAGACAUACGUGUGCAUGUGCAUCGUAAAUGCGUUACGUACGUACGCGCAUGCACAUUAGGUAAUUACGUGCAGACACACGUACACGACUAUCCGCGCGUCGACAACACACGAGGUAACGGAUCCUCGAGAAGCGUCCUCGCGAUGAAAUACGAUCGAUCCUUCGUCUGUAUCGAGCCAGAAGAAAGAUCGAUCGCGACGAAUCGCAAAGCAUCCCGAUGGACGCGGCCGGAUCGACGAGCGGAGCGAGCAACAAUUUCAACGCGAGUCGCAUCAUUUCGAGGUAGAGCUGUUUUCUCGAAUGUCUUUUUUAUUGCCACGAACGUUAUGUGUGUCCGUUUCAUUUUAUACCACUUUUUUACCAUUUAUAGAACUCGUCGGACGAAGCGACUUUUAUAUUUCCGUCACUUCUAUGAUCGCGAUCCUCCCUCGGAAUCGUGUAACUUCCGUGGAAUCGUCGCGGCGCGCAACCCUGUACGUGUUCGUGUACGUGGCUCAACGGGGAGUAACUUUUUAGCUCGUACUACUACGUAGCCGCGAAAAAAACUGUUAUACGUAGAGAUCUACUCCCAGAACGUACGAUUAGGUCGGACGUAAGAGUUAUUCCAAUUUUUCGCGAAAUUGCAAAACACGAGGUUGGGAGGGGCCAGCCAAGGAGGAGUCCGCAAAUUGAACGCGAGCCGCUUCAGGCUGCGGAAUAAGCUUUUUUCCUCCCGUCGUUUUAGCAUUGAAACAGAACACGAAAAGAAAAAAGAGAAGCGCACCGCGAUCAAACGAAAUCAAACAGCUUUUUUCUGUUUAGUGGCACGCAGGCGUAGAGAAACGCUUUCGCGAAAACGAUUUAAAAUACGUCCUCGCUGAAGAAUGCGGUAGAAAGGACAGAAGGGAAGAGAAGCGAGAGAGCGACGCGAGAAUCUCGAGGAAACAGAAAAGAGAAAAGAGUGAAAAAGAUCUCCCUUGAAUCGUCCUUCUUUUAAUGGUUCUUCUUAGUCGCGCGUCACUCUGCAACGAGUUAUUCCCAACCGUAACCGUAAACGCAACGUAAACGCUCUUGUUUCCUAUUCGAAAUACUUUUGACGUCCUAUCGAGCAAAACGACAAACGAAAUUGUAAGCGAAGAACGGUGUCGCGAUGGUUCGUGCGACGCCGUGCAUAAAGCACAUCCGAGAAAACGAGCAGCGAUCGCAUUUAUCCUCGCGCGUGGAUUAGUUUUACCGUCGAACACAUGUACACCGCGGCGCGGUCCUUCCGUGGAGAGGCCCUUGGUCUUCCCCGGUAGCUGUUCCGUCGGUACGUUUUUGCUGAGUUAAUUAACGCCAAUUGUAUGCCGUUCUACUUCCGUCUUUUGGAUACUCCAUGCUGUAUGCUCGCAUUUUUCCAUCCACCAUCUCUCCUACUCACUGUGUGCGACCGCGCGCGUUCACGGACACGGACCUUAACCACAUCCACGAAUGCCAGUGUCGCACACACGAACGAGAAUCAUCUUGAUUCCCCAAGUGCAUAUACGCAUACGUACGUUCGUACAUGUAACACACUUCUGCUUUCCUGUCUCUCCUUUUCAUUUCAUCCCUCGUCCCUCUUUCUCUCUGUCUCUUCUGUCUCUUCCAACGUGGUUUGCUGGCUGCAGACUGGGUCGUGGAAGCUUGCCAUUCAGGAUAUCGACCAGCUGACACGCCCAACCCGCCCACCACCCUCUAUUCUUCUCUCUCCUUCUCACUGUCCAUGCCUGCCUCUCUUUCGCUCAAAUUCUUUCCCUGUCUUUCGCGUCUGUCUCUCGAUCUCUCCGUUUCCUUCUUUUUCCCGAGCGCUCUCCGCCGCUCUUCUCUACAAUCGCCAAACAGUCCGUUUGCCAGACGCUCUUGCUCAUUGUGCAUUUAAUAAGGAGCUUCUUGCCUUGGUACUCUGCGAGAAUUCUUUAUAAAAGUAGGUAAUCUUGCUCGAGGAUCUCCUUGGUCGCCAUCCCCCUCGAAUAUACGGAAGAAGUGGCCGAGGGAAGUUCGUGUUUGGCCGUCCCGUUCCACCACCCUCCAAAAACCCGUGCAACUUACGAGAGAACGAAUGCUCCUUGAUUAACCUCGCCACCACCGUCGUUGUUAUCGGCGCGUUGCAUUACGCGUUUGCUUGUUAUUACGUCGAACGAUCGAACGAUACACCGUUGAAGGGGCGACGCUCUUUCGAUCUGUGUCGAUCGGGCGAGAACACGAUAGUCGAAGCGGUAAUACGCACCUAAGGGAGAUUAAGGCAAAAGGGUCGAUCGAUUCUGGCAGCGAGGUGGGACGGGACGUAAAUUAACAUUCUUAACCCUCGUUCGUCUCUUCGUUCUGCACGUAUUAUGAUGAUAAUUGUAAGUAAUAUCGACGAUACUUCCACGUCCGCCCCAACGGAAGCAUUAUUACGCAAUUUAUAUAUAAUUGUACAUCUGUUAUCUACUUGGAGUCUCUAUUAUAGCGAAAAAGGAAGGGAAAAGGAACUAGCGUUUUAUCGUUGUGAUAUAUUCUACAGUGUCUAUAUGCAUUUAUUCAUACGUAUAUCACGUAUGCAUUCAUGCAUACCCACGUGUUUGUACGUAUGUACGUUAUAUACGUGUGCCUAUUGUUUACGUUGAAUCUAUGAAGCCGUGUGUGCGCGUGUACACGAGGAACUGGCACGUCCACAAAGGUGACGAGGGUAAGGAGCUCUUCCGUAGCGAGCGAACUAUAAUAGGUAGUUAGACUAAGCUACAAGCGAAUUAUACCGAUAAAACGAAGGAAGGGACCUUCCUCGAUAAUCGUUUCCUUUUUCUCAUCUUUUUCUCCAUUUUAUUUCUCUCGCCAUAAACUACAAAUUAGAUAAUAAUCCGAGUGCACGAACAGAACACCGAGGAAACGAAACUGUAAUAACACAGAAGAGUCGGGAGACCGAUUCGGUGAAUCACGACAGAUCGCAAUCGUGUACACUCCAACAUUUCCUGUCCAUUUCUGCGCGAAAUGAUUACGUGUGCGUGUAUAUAUAUAUAUACAUACAUAUAUAUAUAUAUAUAAGCUUAUUCGAUACGUUUCGGCGGAAAGUAAACGCGCGUGAAGGCGGAAACGCAAUAGAUACGUUCCAAGCGCAAAAAGAUAGAGAAAUCUCAUAUAGGAUGUAACUCAUACCUUGUACGUAUAUACUCACACAACUAGACACACGCACACACGUCUACCUACACAAACAUAUAUAAAUAUAUAUAAUCUAUAUUUUCGAAAGUUCAUUCGAGGAACGUUUCUCUCACCGUCUAGAUCUCGAGCACCCUCGAAACACCAGCUUACGCUGAAAACACCAUUGGAUAACGAUUGGCAAGCGAACAAACGUCGAUUCGCGACAAAGUGUCGAAACGAUAACGCUUGGAACUUUCUUAACGUUUCUCUUCCCCAACGGCGCCACGCGUGAAAAAAAAAAAGAACAGAGAAAAGAAAGUUAAAAAAGGGAAAAAGAAAUUUUUAAUCCGCGAUAUAACGUCAUCACGAACAAGCUGACGCACGUGUUAAAACGUGCCUUGAAAAUCGCGCGCCAGUUCCUCCGAACCGACCACGGUCAAUUAUUAUUAUUACUAUGAUUAUUAUUAUUAUUAUUAUCAUUAUCAUUAUUAUUAUUAUUAUCAUUAUCAUUAUUAUUAUUAUUAUUAUUGUUGUUAUUAUUAUUAUUAUUAUUAUUAUUAUUGAUACUAUUAUACUAAUAUAUAUAUAUUAUAUACAUAAACGUUUUAAGGAUGAAAAAUAAGAAAUUUACGACGAUCUCUGUCCUCUGGCAGGAUAAAAGGCAAAAGAAGAAAAAAAAAAAGUGAAGAAAAGAAAAUGAAUAAGAGAAAAGGUGAAGACUCGCGUUACCGACGGUCACCUACGUAUAUAUAUAGAUAUAAAUAUUACCACGUAAUUAUAUUACCUAAAUGAAACGAUAUCGUUUAAUUACCGGUGAGCACCAUCGACGCGCGCGCAGGCAUCUCGGCAUUUAAACGAGACGAAACAAAAGAAAAAGAAAGGAUGAAACCAAAACAUUAAAAAAAAAAAAAGAGAAAAAUAAUGAAAAUAGGGAGAAAGAGAAGAAACCUAUUAAUACUAUACAAAUCGAUCAUCUUGUAAAUACGAGUUUUAUACAGAGCGAUUGUAUUCGUUAAAGAAAAAAAAAAAACAAAGAGUACCUACUGCGAAGUAAUAUAUACAUAUUAUAUAUAUACAUAUAUAUAUAUACAUAUUAUAUAUAUAUAAAUAUAUAUACGCAAAUGUAGUGCACACGAGAAUGUGACUGUUCGCACAUAUUUAGGUAAAUCACUUUUAAAGUAUAGGGAGAAAAAAAAACAGAAGAAGUAGACUGGAGGCACGUCGGGGGACCGAAGUGAGUACGUACAUUCGUUCGUUCGUUCGGUAGUGAAUGAUUAACUGGAAAAAAUGUUAAAUUAGUGUGAGAGGAAGGAAGACAAAGAGAAAGAGAGAGAGAGAGAGUAUUUCAAGUAAAAAAAAAAAAGAAAAAAAAAAAGAAAACGUAGCGAAUGAUUGAUGCGCGACGAGCGAGAGUAUUUUCCAAAAUCGACGAAUCGAUCGAGAAUCGUGCACCAAACAACGUUGACGACCAUACGACCACAAUGUUCGAAUUAGUUUACGAUUUUCACGAUUUUUCACGUCUACCCUAGAGAAAUUCGUUGGGAUAUCGAACGAACGUGCAGGAUCGAAACGAUUCUAACGCUAACGAUUCCAAAAUAGAACCAAAUCAAUUACUCGAUUUUAUACGAUCGUUCGAGAAUCCUUGAGCUCUAUCACGAAGUUCGGGAAACGCGUAAUUGCUCAAAACGAAACUCCUCGAUCAGCGUACGCUUGUGUACGGUGUGCACAGAUUUUCAUUUCGAAUCAACGUUGUUUAUUCGCGUGUAACAACAGAACAGCAAAAAAUCUUGCUCUUGAUCUUGUUUCUCAUUGUUUGAGGAUAUUCUACGGAAUAUGCACGCAGAGAAAAGAAAAUGUUCCUAUCGAGAGCGUAAAGUAUUUUCUACGAUAGAUCGACCAAGUGGUUCUUUUCGUCGGCACGAUUCGAUAUCGUGGUCGAUGGUCGUCCUCGGCGAUGCACCGAUAUCGUAAAUGAACAAGAAAUCAAGCCACGGGCGUGCACACGACAAGACCAUGUGAGUUCAAAUCGCGUUGUAACGAAAACUGCCAACUUCAUAUUGCAAUAUACGUUUUAGUCAAUCGUGGCGAUGCACGGGGGGGAAAAUAAAAAUAAUAAACCAGUCGACGAAACAAAGGAAUUAGAGAAAAACAAGCACUAAGCGACUAAGGAAUUGGAAAAUCUGUCUGAACGGGUGUUAAACUCUUCGAGACCUAUUUUCGGUUCGACGAUCGAUCGAUAGCAGGAGAAUACUCGGAGCAACGUUUCUCCCGUUGUAUUUUCGUUGCACCUAGUUCGAUUUCACGACGAACGAUCCGCGGUUCGCUGCACCGCCGCUUUGCUGUUCGCGUCGACGCACGGGACGAAACGCGCGCAAGCUCAACGAUCUCGCGAAACACGACGAACAUUUCGAUCAACUCGAAUAUAGCGAUGUAUCUUCGAACGGAUAAACCGUGUUCAACGUGUUUUGUAACCUGUAUCCGUUCCCUUAGGUUUCGUAGCCGAACAAAACAACAAAACAAUUUGUAUCAUCCUGCUCAAAAUAAAAUUAACACCGCCGGGUUACGAAUAUAUACCAUUGGGCGUAUCUGACUACACAUACAAACAUAUGAAUUGAUUUGGCAGCCAACCUUUUUGAUUUAGGAAAAUUACAAAGUAGAGAAAAAGAAAGAAAGUGACGGAGAAGAAUUGAAUCGAAAGAGAUACAUACGUUCGGAGUAACUCGUUGCUCAAAUCUCGAUUUUUAAGCGGAACACCGAUGUUAAUGUGAACAUUUCGUUUUAAUGUUGCUCGUAGCAUAUUAAAACAGAUGAAAAAAAGAGAAAUAAAAUGACAAACAUGUGAACUUUGAUCGAUGGAUAUUAAUAAGAUGGUUUACGUUAGACUCGAACAACUAUCGAAUAUUUAUAAUUUAAUUUAGCCUCCCGUUGCUUUCAUACCAUGCUGUGUGUUUAGUAGCGAACGAGAUUCUUCGGACUUUCAUGACCUCGCUUUUUUCCAGUUUAUAUUGUUCGAGGCUCCAGCGGGUGUAAAUCAUUUUUACGAUCUUAAUGGAUCUGCUUUAACGCCGUCGCGAGUACGACCGAGUUUAUUCUCCAGGACAGCUUGCAUUCUUUAAGCAAAUUAACUUUUUACGAUCCAGCGUCACGUAUGGCGUGACGGUUAAACCGUACGUCGAGUUGAUCAACGUUUUUCAAACGAAAAAUUGUUAGUCUGUUGAUUAAAUAAUAAAACGAAAGGUCCAGUCAAUUUAAUACACUUAACAUGAUAUACUAUAUUUUUCAUUGAGAAAGAUAUAAAUGGAAAAGUGGAGGAUGAUAUUGGGAAAGUUGUAUUAUAUGCUAUGGAUUCCAGUAUUUCGGUUCAAGUUACACGAAACACCAACGAAACUUCUCGCACUAUUUUCCAAGAGAAAACGAUUCACACUUUGAAACCUCGAACAAUAUUAGCAGGCGUCGGGCGUAAAUAUACGCGAGCGUAUUCGCCGAGAACGGAGUAUUUCUGUUCUCGGGUCUGAUCAACGAGAAAGCAUGUCCCGCUUCGUAUUACGCAAGUUUGCAAUUUCGUUCGCGUAGCUGCCAGAAUCUUCCGGGAUUUGGCACGUUUCUACGUUCGUAAACCGCUUGAAAACUUCGAAACCCCUUCGAAUCGGAACUCUGCAACCCGCGUUACAUGCAGCGAAGAAAUAUAAACGAGUUGUUCCAAGAGUAUACCAAACCGGAGCCGUGCGGAACGUCUUCGAUCGGAUGGCGAACGACCGCGAAUGUAAAAGAUGCGGAAUUCAACGGCCGAAGAUCGGAUACAGUGAUCGUGCUCAUGGACGACCGAAGGAAGAAGAACGAAAGUACGACGAGGUAUCGCGCGACGGACUGUCUUGACGAGAGUAUCAAAUUCUAAAAUGUAUUUAAUAACACACACUAAUUGCAUUAUGUUGUAGAAACGUAUUCUACGGUCGUUAACGAUAAGAAGAACAAUGUAGAUACACGCAGUCGACACAUUCACAUAUACAUGUACGUACACGAUAUAUAAGCAAAAACGAACACAUACACACAUAAAGAAUAAUACUUAUAUACAUGCAUACACGCAGUACAUAACACGAUACAAUAUACACGUACACACGAAGCAUACCCCGUAGGUUGGGUGAUUACCAUCUCGAUGCGAUUAUACAUAUAUAUAAUUAAUUAUAAAUAUAUAUAUAAAUAUAAAUAUAUACAUAUACCAGCACUUGGUAGAUAUAGGUACACCCAUACGUUUACCUAUACUACCUUAAGAAAGAAAAUUAAAUAAAAUUAAACAAAAGGAAAACACAUCUACGUGGCUGUAACGCGCCGAUUCUACGAAAAAAAAAUAAAGAGAGAGCGCGACGAGAGAAACGAAAAGAGAAGAAUGAGCUAGGGAAAGAGAGGAGAGAGAAUAAAAAGGACGCGCGAGAAUGGACAGUGUUGCAUUUUGCACGACAGGGGCGUAUAUAGCAGUGCGAACAUACAUACAUACAUAACACACAAUAGCGUAGACUUAAUAGAAUCCGUGAGAGUGUGGCUGAUUUAAUCGGGAGAGCGUGAUUCGUCCGUGAAAGAAUGUCCGCGUGUACACUAUUGCAUACGUGGUACGUGCGUGAGUAUCUCCGUGGUCUGUAUUUUAUUGCGGAAGUUCCUGUUCCUCGAGAAUUAACGAGAAGACAUUUAGACGAAGACGAUGAUAACGACGAUGCAAGUAGCCGAGAGCGGAUGACAAAGUCGAGCCGUGAGAGUCACCGAGUUUUUGUAGAUCCUUAAAGAACAACACAAAAAAAAAAAAAAAAAAAUAAGAAAAAAAUAUACCGAUUGCGCGGGUGCCUCGAUAUCUGCCCGAUUGUUCGAUCUUUUUCCUGCGUUUCGUUCGAGAAGAGUCGAGAAUCUCGUUUUGCAACCACGACCACGAAAAACAUUUUUGUCCGCAUGAGAAACGAAAUAGAAUCGAUUGGCGAAUGUGAUAUACCUAUAUUUCCUUUUCAGAUUAGAGAAACGACGAGAAACGAUAUAGAGAAUAUAAAGAAAAAAAAAAAAAAAAAAAAAAGAAAGAACGGGCAGAUUACGGUACGCCCUGAAUAUAUGAUUAGCCGUGCGCCAUUAAAGAAACCGUUUUUUGUAAUAUCCGAAUAAAAUGCAUGGUCGACGACAACGUAUAUAAAUAUCAGCUCAAUUACCAUGAUCGUCCCACAGAAAGGCGACUGUCCGCUGGAGAAUAACCAAUCCCACCCCGUCAACGAAUGGCUAUUGGAGAACGCGCGUGCAUAGACAAAAAUUUAUCCUCGUAAUCACGACUAUAUAGAUUAUGCGGUACAAACGAAAAUUCUAUCGACGAGAAGGAAAAGUAUAGGCUAUCUUUAACGCUCAUCGAAUGCCAAACAGAAAAUUGUUCGUUAUACGAGAGAAACGAGAGCGAUUUAUAUAACCUACCAAAAGACCAAAGAAUACACGAAAGGCGAAACUCAACGAAAGCAACGUUCAGUCUUUGAUACUUUCCAAACCUAACAUCUUUUCGUUACUCGCGUUCCACUAUUGCUCUUCUUCUAUUUUUGUUCCUUGUUUUUAACGCUAUUCUGGUAAUAUUACGCUUGAUCCUCUUUGUUGCGCAACAACACGAGCAAACGCUAAAUCACGCCCGUCGUGUUACGCGAAUCGCGUAAAUCGAAUUACAGUGUCUCUCGAACGAUCUCACUCGCGAUAUUUUCAACGAGCAUCUUGACAACUGCAGCAACCGAAGCUAGCUUUCUUUGUAACAGGCCAAUACCUCGAAACCUAUUCCCUCUCCCAUUUAGCAAUGUCUAUCAAUUAGGAAUAAAAUCUUAUCUGGUUUUCGAUAUACAUUACCGAGAGACGAUAAUCAAUGGAAAGAUAGCCAAUCUUCGUUCCAUCGUUUUGCAAAAAUCCAAGACGCUCUUCUUGCAAAACAGUUUACAUUCGUAGUGGAAUGAAUUCUUGACUGGUAGAAUUGAAACGAUCCACUAUUACACCAUAACAAUGGUAUACUGACUCCUUCGGUAAUGUAAUGAAAUUGCGAAAAAUUCAAGGUGAAUAAUCUAAAGGAUAAUUAUCCUCAGUUUCUAUCUUUUGUAUCGGAUACAAAAAUAAAAAUGUUAAAUCUAAGAUAAGAUAUAUAUGGAAUGAAAUUUAUAGUACGACGUUUGACCAUUUUUCCGAGCCUCUCUCCACUCGCGACGUUAAAGGGCUAAACAUUUGAAUAAAUAAAUUUCUACUCCGAUAUGUCGUGAACUGUAACGUCCUAUAAAUUGAAAUUAUCAGUUAUUGGAAAUAUUGAUUUUGUUCGAUAAAUAUCAAAUUAAAGUUAUUUUUCAAUUAAAUAGCGGAUAUUUCAUUCUGCCAGUGGAAGAUUAAUUUCCGUUCGCAGCGUUUCGUCGUACACCGUGCUUCACCUUCGUCCAUUGCAGCAAUAUUUUCGCGUUCUCAUCGAUAGCUACGCGUUUCUUCUCAUCAUUCGUAGUUCACCAUCGUGAAACUGACAUCCAACGAGCGCGAUUCGAGGCGAAACGAUUACAUUGUAAAUAAAUCAGAUGAUAUUAAAAAAACUCAAAGAGAGAGGGGAAAAAGAGAAAGAGAGAGAGAGAGAGAGAGAGAGAGAGAGAGGAAAGAGUGAGAGAGAUUCAUAAAUGAGAGAAUACGAAUGUGAGAGAAAAUGUGAGGGAGAAAAUGCAGAUGCGAUAGGAGAAAAAGAGAGAAUGUACGUAUAUGAGCGUGUGUAUUAAUAAGUUAUAAUACGCAAUCGCGUGUUAAAUGCGUUAGAAUCGGAGAAUCGCUCGUGCUAACUGCCGAGAAAAGGAUAUAUUAAGGGACGUAAGCGUGCCCUCGCGUUCGUGUGUCGUUUAACUAAAAAAAGGAUUUAAGAAAUAUAUUAUAUAUAUAUAGGAAAGAUAGAAAAAAUGAGAUGGUCAAAAGAAAAGAUAAAAAAGGAGUAAAUAAAACAGAGGCUCUCCUAGUUACUUGCUCAUUGAAAUAAUAUUCUAAAUAACGUUCGUAACGGAACAAAAGUCUAGAUAUGCAUCAGUAUAAUGAAAAAUAAUUUUACGUACGUAUAAAUAAGAUUCACGCGCGCGCGGCUGCAGUCAUGCGCGCGCAUACACGCGCCAUUUCUUUACUUUUCAAACUAUGGGUCUUUCGAACCUAAUCUUACCAGUGAUCCAUAUCGAUCUCGAAACUUCGCGACUUGUUCCGUGAAAUCCGUAGAAUAUAUCGAAAGGUUGUAAUAUUUUAACGAUAUUUUCGAGUAAUAGCUACUGUUACAAAGGAAAACGAAAAGAGAGAUACGAUCCUUCCCUCCCUUUAUUAAUAUUUAUAAGUUCAUGCUUCCUAGCGAAAGAAUAUUGAUAUAGUAACGGUGGAACUUCGACUUAAUCGAGUAGUAGAAAUUGUUAAAAGAUUAUAAAUAUCGAAAGUAGACCGUAGAAUCACUUUGCAACAUUGGUGCUUUUUAUAUAUAUAUAUAUAUAAAAUAUAUUAAAAAUAUAUAUAUAUAAAAAAAAUAUAUAUAUAACGAAAAGAAAUAAAACGUUUCUAGAUUCCGCACUGAAACAUAACCCAUACUAUUUCCAACGAUUAAGCACGGUAUACAUUUUUUAUUCAGUGUAGUAUGUACUCGAUAAAUCAGAAGGAUUUAAUUGAGGACUGUAUUUAUGACGCAAUUAAUUUCAUGAAAUUGCAUAAUUGCUGAUAAAUCUAUUAAAGAAGAAAAAAUAGUUUUCAUUUUAAAAAUAUACACAAAAUUGUUCAUAGAAAGUUUUUAAUUACGUUUGUAUAAAUAUAGGGGAAUAUCGGGAAAAAGUGUGGUGUCGUGCGCGUGCCUGUUCGCCGCUGUGCGUUCACGAAGGAUCACGAUUUCUAUAUAUUCAGAUCGAUCGCUGUAAGCCGUACAAUUUACAGUGAGCAUGUACGGCCUGUGAACAAUUACAAGCUUGUAGCGAAAAAAGAAACAAACAAAAAAAUAUAUACCAACAGAAAAAGAAAAGAGAUGCACUCGAAAUCACUUGGAGCAUAACCAUCUUUAAAUGACGGCGAACAUAACAUACAUUGUUACGUAAACGAGUAUAACGGAAGAAAAAAAAUCGUAUCGUUGCAUGACCGAUAUACCUAAAUGAAACUAUUACUACGUGAUACGACGUUAUUAUGUAAAAGUUUUUAUUGCGUGAGUAAAAUUAUGUUAUGGAUGAAAAUGUGUACCUUGUAAAUAAUAAAUCUCGUCCUCUUCUUCGUGCAUCGAA